CCGACGCCGCCGCCGCCGAAGCACGUGGGCCUGGCCGGACUCCUCUGCCACCGCCGCCAGGCACCCCCGAGCGGCGGGCGGAGGGAUGUUCCACGCGGAUCCUGUCCACCGUGCCCUAGCGGCCUGUAUGAGAGUAGGACGUUGGAGAAGAAAAAGGAGCUCAAGGACCUGUACGUAACCGCUCUGCCUUAGCGCCCCUGCUGCCGACCUUGGGCCCCGCGGAGCCCACAGUACUGGCGAAAGCAGCUCCGCGUCGCUGGGCCCCGCGCUCCUGGGCCUGUGGUCCGCUCUGGGCGUGUCCCGGGCCACCACCCCUUCCUCCAAGCUUCAGGCGGAGUGAAUCCACGAGGUCUUGUUCUGCUAGCUUCUGACUCUGCCGGCUGCAAGGCCUCCGCUUUUUUCUUCUUGAAAACACACUUUAAUAAUUUAAAGCCGGGGGAGGAGGGGCAAAACCGCACCAAAUGGCAGAUAGAAGGGAAACUGAAUAUGCGUGGAAAUAAAGAUCAAACGUAGUUCUUUUUUUUUUUUUUUUUUUCUGUAACUCUGGGUUGCAUGUUGUUAUAUAUCAUUUUGGCCAUGCUGUCAUUGAAUUGCUUAUACUGUGGCAAGAUAUUCAAAGCGCAGCUGUUAUACUGCGAGGACUUUCCACCCUGUAAAAUGUAACCCCCCCCCCAAAAAAAAAACAGUUCUCCUUAAAGAACUGGAGGAUUUCUGUCUUAAGUAUAUUUCAAAAAACUGUUGCAGUACAGCAAACAGAAACCUAAGACAAACAAAGAUUACUUGUAGCCGCAAGCAUUUAUUAAAUGCUUUGCUACAAGGUAGAGGUCAUGUCUUAAAGACUUUGUAUUGCUUUUGAACAUCCUAGGCUCGUAUAGGACCUAAAAGAAAAAUAAUUUCUCUGAAGUCCAUUAGAGGUGAAAGAAAGAAAAAACGGCUACAAAGAACCAUAGUACUAGCCAGUACUAUGAGCAUCUCCCUCUAUCUUCCACUUUGACAAAAAGCAAAACCUUCACCAUUUGUUUUUCUUUGCUGACACACAGACAAAAUACUAGAAGGCACUUUGGACUUCCAUCUUUCAUGUACAAUCUAUUAACAGCCUGUCUAUUGUGCUUUUGCCAUAUUUUCUAAAUUCUUGUAUUCCCCAUGAGCUGUACAGUUAACCUACUAAAUGGCCUCCAGUUUUGCCUUUCUCCAGUCUUUUCUGACUGAAUUUCUCCAUCACAGGUAAACUCAAAUUAGUCACCUACUCAAAAAUCUCCAAUAAAGUGUUUAGGACACACUAUUCAAUCUAUCCCCAAAUUCUUUCUAAUCAUACUCCCUAAUAAUCCCUCCCCCCUUGUACAUUCACAUUUACUGUACACUGAGGCAAAUGUAAAGAAAAAUAUACUCUUGUUCAGAUAAGGCGUGUACCAUAAAAAAGAAACCAAUGCAAGGAUGUAUGAACAACAGUGAAAGACAAUAUGAAAGCCAGCACAGGCAGCAUGGCAUGGUCAAGGAAGUGAAAAAGAAAACAUAAUCUUGUGGGAGAAGUGAGCAAUGCUAAUGCCUUUUAUAUUAAUCCCUUACACUUCUAUAUUACUUCACAGUUUUGAGAGAAUAACAUAUAAGUGUGCUCUUAUAUGCUUCAUUCCAUUUCACUAUGUUUUUAGUUAAAACUUUUAUAUUAUUAGGGCAAGGUGGGCAUUGUUCCCAUUAUGAACAAAAAUUAAGCUCAGGAAUGUUAAAUGAGUUACCCAAAAUACACAGCAAGUAUUGAUUUCCUUACCUUCCCUAAAGCACUGCCACCCUUCCCUCUGUCAAUAAUUAUUCAGUUUAAUCAUUACCAGGCUAUUAGUAAUUCUCAGAGAUUUUGAAGGCAAAAGGCAGAGUAAAAAUUCUCAAGGUGGAAUAGUCAGCUCAAAAAUUUUAGUACAAAUAUAUGUUAUUAUCAAAUAGUACAAACAAACUUUACCAUAUAGCUUUUAAAUUUUAACAUUUUCCAUUUUGGGCUUGUUUUUGAUAAAUUUGUAUAUGCCUGCAGAAAUCACCAAUUUAUGGUCCCAAUUUAAAACAAAACUAAUGUCAAAAAACACCCCCAGCACCCUAACAUACCCAAAAGAAAUUUGAUGCAGAGGCUAACUGAAGAAAAUGAACAUUCUAGUAAUUAUAGUUCUCACCUUCAUUCUAACUUAAGAACAAUGAGAAGGGGCUGGAGGUGUGGCACUAUGUAGAGCACUUAUCUGGCAUGCAUGAGGCCCUGGGUUCAGUCCCCACCACUGCAAAAAAAAAAAAUGUGAAGGACAACAAAAAGGUAAUUACUGCAGUGAGGAAUGAACAGCGAAAGCAGAUUAGUAAAAUAUUAUUUCUGUUUUUAAAAAGUCAAAAGUAAGGGAUGGUUUAAAAGUUAACUCUUAAAAUAUUGUUAAAAGAAAUAUUAACUUCUUACUAAUCCACCCCAUUCCCCAACCAACUCCAUGGGUUUCAGAGGGAAAAAGGGGAAUUUAGGAACUAAAGGAAAUACUGGAGAAAGCUAGAGUACAAGACAUGAGAGCAUGGACUAUAUGAAAACUUAGGAAGGAACCGGGCAUGGUGGUACCCACCUGUAAUACCAGCUACUACAGGCUGAGGUAGGAGGAGGAUUGCAAGUAUAAGGUUAGCCUGGGCAAUUUAGCAAGACCUCCUUUCAAGAAAUAAAGAGGGCUGGGUAUGUAGCUCAGUGAUAGAGCACCCCUGGGUUCAAUCCCCAGUACUGCCAAAAAAAAGAAAGAAAAGAACAACAAUAAGGAGCAGGCCAGGAGUGUGUAGGAGAGGAAGGAGGAGAAGAAAAAGAAAAACAAAACUUAGAAACUAGGAGAAAGCACAAGAGUGGGUAACAUAGUAUGUGCACCAGAGGGAAAUUUAAGGAUCAUCUGGUUAAUCCACCCCCUUUAUUGGACAAGUAGAAGCACUGAGUGCCAGGAAAACCCCCGUGUCUUGACUCCUAAGGUGUUUGUUCCAGGGCUCCAAGUUCUAUAUUCUAUUGGGUUGGAUGAGAUUUAUGAGUUAAAACACCAGUUAUUUUAUUAAUUGUAAACUCCCUUCUUGUUUUCCUUAACACCCAAUCUGUGUACUCUUUUUGUAAGUCUGCUUUUUUAUUCUAAUUUUGAUUGACACAUAGUAAGUGUACAUUUUAAUGAGGUACAAAGUGAUGUUUUGAUUAAUACAUACAUUGAGAAAUGAUGUAAUCAGGGUAAUUAGCACAUCCACCACCUUAAACUUUUUUUUAUCAGUUUUCUUUUGUAUGGUGAGUAUAUUCAAAGUCCUCCUCCUAGCCAUUUUGAGAUAUGCAACGCAUUAAUUAGUGUUAGUUAUCAGUCUUCUGUGCCAUAGAACACUACAACUUGUGCUUCCUUUCUUACAUUUUACUCAUUCACCAAUCUCUCCUAAUCUCCCCCUUCCCAUUAAGUCUGCUUUUAAAUGUUUAGUUUUCUUUUACUCUGAAGAACCACUAGCCUCAAUGAUGUGUAAUCUAUUUAUGUUCACUUCACAGAAUUGUUUUUCAUCUCCAUUACUGGAUGUUCCUAUGGCUACACCUGUAAGCUCAGAACAACCACAGUCUUCCUCUGAGUAGAUUUGUGUGUUCCAGGCACUUGGCCUGACCUUAUUACACCAUCCUCCCGAGUACUGGUAGCUUCAUGCUGUUAAGUGAAACAUAAGGCUUAAUGUGGUCAAAGAGGACCAGGAACAUGAGGGCACAUCUCUGCUGUUUUCAGGAAAUGUUGUACAGGAAAUGCUUACUUAAGGAAUAAGUGAAGAAGGUGAAUUGUUAAAAAAAAAAAAUGCAAAUCUUCUUUGCUUGGCUGGGCAGAGAAAUGUUUUUAAUGGAAUCUUUGUGUGAAUCAGCUAAUCCCUGGCUAAGCAAAUGUGUAUAAUAAUAAUAUUAUAAAUAGCAGCUGUUAGCCAGUACUUGCUACCCAUCAAGCAUUUUCAUACCUUUUGAGCCCUCAUAACAGUCUUAUGUGUAUAUAUUACUACUCCAUUUUAUAACUUGGACUCAAACAGAUUAUGAACUUGAUUAACAAUUUAUCCAACUCAGACGGUAAACUAUGAUUUGUGUUCAUCAUUUUAAUCAAAGACACUGUGCUCUUACAGAACUAACAGUAUUUUGUCUCUUGAGGAAAGUUGAGUCAGAACACAUACACAUGGCCUUGAAGCAUAUAAUUUGAUAAAUCUCCCACGGAUUUUUCCCUGACCCAAGAAUUUUGACCAGGAAUAGAAGUGAUAUCAAGACAAAGAAGUAGUUAGCCAAUGGCAUGAAAAACCCAGGGACCUUCCAAUUUUGCCUCCCAGAUUAAAUAUAUAAUGUUCAAUAGUCUCUUCUCAUAUCUGCCUUAGCUAUUUGGAAUUCAAGUAUUUUAUCUUCAUCAUUUCACUCCUCUUCUGAUGAAUGUACAUAACUGAUAUGAUCUGGUGCAGCCUGGAUCCACCUGCCCAGUUUGGUGGCUAGAACCCAGGGUGCAUUCAAUAAAUACUGCUUUUAAUGAAUGAAUGAACUAAUGAACAUUUUUUUCUACAAUAAUAAGUAUAUCUGACAUUGUGAAGGACAGGCUUUAUGUCAAACCCUUCAUAUGCAUUAUUUCAUGUUUGUGACAAGGCUACAGGUAAAUGUUUGACGCUUGAGCUUAGGUUAAGUAACCCGCUCAUAGUGACCUAUCAUUCUGGAAUCAAAAUCAGAUAUGGUUUCAGACCCAAUUUUCUUGGCCGCUAUACAAUGUUCCCGCUGUCUUCAUCAUUAAUAAUCUCUGCUUUUAUGCAUUUAGCAGUUUGUCAUGUUCCUGGCAUGGUGCAUAGUACUUUUUAUUAUUGUAUGAAUUUAACCUCCAAAAUAAUGCAUUUACUAUCCAUUAGUAGGUAUUAUUUAUUUCUUCCAUCUCCCACCACUUUGUGACCAUAGACAAAUUAUUUUGUCUCUGAAACUCAGUUUUUCAUCUAUAAAACAAGGAUGAUCAGAAGUUACAGGGUUUCUAUGACAAUUCUAUGUAAAUUAUCUAGUACAGUGCUUGUAUGUGCUGGAAACAAAAUACACAUGCCCUACCCUAAGUCCCCUUUGCAUGAAUUCAGUUUACUUCAUACAAUACUAUUUUGAGAAAAAAUUUGCAAGGCAGUAUCUUAGAAAUAUUAUACAGCCAGACCCUAAACAAAGUGCCUCAGAUCUCUUUCAGCCCAAGCUAUCUGCUCUCUUACAGAAUAGGCACAAGUUAAAGGAUGAUUCCAAUGGUCCAUAUAUUUGGCAGUAUAUUUUUCUAAUCCAAGAUCAACACACAUGGUUUAAGAAAUAGGUUUUGGUUUUUCAAAAUUGAAGUAUUAUAUUAUACAGUAAAGUGUCUAAUCUCAAGUAUACACUAGAAGAUUACACAAGGAUACACCCCUGUAACCCCACCCAGGUCAAGAUAUGGAAUGUUUCCAUAUCUUCCCCCUAAAAUCAGAGUGAUUUAAAAUCAACAAAGAUCAUCUAAAACCAGAACUGAAAACCGAAAAACAAAUAAAGAACUUAGAAACCUGGGCAACGGGAUGGUUGGAUUUGGAAAAGGGUAUUAGGUAAGAGUAAGACAAACCCCACGUUGGUCUUCUUUUGAAAAGUGGAUGUAGGGAGCUUCUAUGCAUUCACGUUCAUUUUGUCCAUUGAGCCUCACAAUAAUUCUGCGAUAUAGUCAAGACUUAAUCCUUUUGAGCAUCGUGAGAAAACGAACUUGUUCAGGGUUGCCGAGAAUACCGUCACCCCAAGCAGAAGAAAGAACUGACUCCAGAAUAUGCUUAGCAAAUCCAAGCCACGUGGCAGAGGGACGGAAGAGCCUGGCAUCAGGUUACCAGGCAGCUUCGCUCCACCGCGGGUAUAAAGGCUCAGACCAGCUGUCCUUGAACACGGGUGCUGAACUCCGCCGCGGGAGCUUUGAAUUUCUCUGAGGCUACCUGACUCUCCGAGUGGGUGCCCCAGGCAGAACCUUGCAGGAACCAUCUGACCCUGAACUCCAGGUUAUCUCUAGCACCGGGUCAAGGGGAUAGGCACCUGCCACCAGAUGUGGUGUCUGGAGAGGCUACUGCGCAGCAGGGAGGGGCUUCUCCUGAGUAGGGCCCGGCGUUCCAGGGCCCGCUCGCCCACCGCGUGUGCCAACGUGCUCACUCCCGACCGUAUCCCGGAGUUCUGCAUCCCACCGCGACUUGCGCCCAACCUGGCCUUGGCUACACUCCGGAAUUCUUGGGGUGAAGAUACAGCGAUUGACGACGGCGCUGGCCUCACGGACUGGGACCCGCGCUCACAGGCCGCGCUCUCGCUGCCUCACUUGCCCCGCGCGCUCACCGCCUACGGCUUCUGCACGCUACUGGAGAGCCCGCACACGCGCCGCAAGGAGUCGCUCUUUCUCGGGGAUCUCGGAGCCGCGGAGCUCCAGCGGCAGCCCGCCGCCCAGCCAGUGCCCCGACCCCGGGUGCACACCUACGGCCGCGACGAAGGAAGAGACGUCCCCGGCUUGCUCCUGCGAGCCCAGAACGCAGCUCCCGCCGCGGCACCUGUCUGUCCUUGUCCGCCCCGGGACGCUAUCUGCCCGAGGCCCUGCGGUCGCCGCCUCCUGCGAGCACCCAACAUGCUGCUGAGCCGUGCGUUACAGGUUCGGAGGAGUCGCGGCUUGGCUCGCGCCCGCUCAGUCUCCAACCGGAACGAAGACGAGGAGGGCGGCGCCACCUCUCAGUCCACAGCUCUGGCCCCCGUGUGCCAGUCGCCGGCUCCGGGCCCACGGCCCAAGCUCCUAGAGGCCGAGGGCAAUGUAGCUCUGGACUGCGCUGGCUGUGUCCUGCGCCUGGCAGCCGAGUACUGCCUGGAUAGUGGGCGCCUCCGCAUCAGGCUGCUGCGUGCCGAGGGCCUGGCGGGAGGUACCCCCGAGCCACGUGCGGUUGGUUGCCGCAUCAGCCUAAUCCUGCAGCCGCUGGGCGCCACGGCGCUCAAGCAGAGCAGCUCGGUGCUGCGACGGAGCCGCAAGUUCUCCAUAGACCAGGACUUCUGCUUUGAAGGGCUCACGGAAGACCAGGUGCGCAGCCUGACAGUGCGCGUCAAGGCAGAGAACAAGGGCCGCGGCCUGCAGCGGAGCCGCUUGCUUGGCCAGGGCGAGCUGCUGCUGGGCUCCCUCCUGCUCUUCUGAGCCCCUCCCUCGUGCGAGUUUGUCAUGUUGGGGACUCUUGGACACUGACAGCAGCUUUGUACAAAAUAAAUGUGUAUCUGUUUUUCUAAUUAGGCCUUCGUUUCAGUCCACUAUUGUCAGAGAUGAUAUCGGAUUGACUUUCACAGUAAAGGAAGUUUUUUUUUUUUUUUUUUUUUUUGGUGUAGUUUGAUGUCUUGAUAAUUCUUUUCACCAAAUGGAAUGAUGUUCUUCACUUUCCCAGUGAUAUACCCCAAUUGCAUCUCCUAAAUAUCACACACUUCUGUUGGGAAGUGCAGUGUUAGGUUUUUCUCAUUUUAAAAUUUGUUCAUUGCACUACAUCCAUUGAGACCAUCUUAUGGAUGUAGUGAAAUGAGCAAAUUUAGUAAACAGUUCUAAAGCACUGUUUAAAACUCUGGAUAUGAAAAUGAGGCCAAGAAAGAUAAAAUGGUGUUUCCAUGGUUAACAGUGAAUUACCUGGAACACCAAUCUGAUACACUUAACUACCCAGCUUGCUGGAGAAAAUGAAACCAUUUUAAUAUUCUAAGUUUAAGUAAUAAUCAUAAUAGUUUUACAAGCAUUAACUUACUUAAUUCCUGAAGGAAAAAAAAAACUCUAAAUAGUAGGUACUGCUAUCCCCGUUUUACAGAUGAGGAUAUUAAGGCAUAGAAUGAAGAACAGAGUCAGGGUUUGAAGUUAGACUUUCAGUAUCUCACCCAUUACUCUCAUAUAAGUAACACCAUAGUAACUAAAGUGCUGAUCUCGUUAAAGAGGGGAUUCAGCAACCUCUCUAAGAUUGUUGACUCUGAGGUUGGUGUCUCCUCACAUUCCUCAUCCUCUUCUGGAAAAGUAAAUUAGUUGAAAUGGGUCAUGAAUUAACUCAUGCAUUAAACAUUAAGCACUGAGAUGGGCUGCUAUGCCUGAGGCUUUGAAGAGAAUUGGACUCAUAACCACAAAAACUGGUGCCUCUCUUACUGGCUGGCACCAGCUGAACUAAUCUGCCAGAACAAACAGUCUGGAGUGGAUGUAUAACAGUGUUCUACCUCUGGCUUCUGAUAAUAAUAGAUUUACUAUGUUUUAAAGGAUGCUUUAUUCUUCAUACUUCAUAUUCAUCAAGUAUAUUUAUUCCUCUCUAAUGCAUAUAAGAGGAAAAUGUAUUCUAAAUGAGAGUUGAAAACAUUAAAAUAUGUGGUGUGGUGUUAACUAUCACUACAUUAUCAUUCUGGAUUCAGAAAUGGUUUCUGUUUUUGUCAAAUUUAUUGACAGUUUUAACCACCAGUGCUCAUGAAAAAUGCUAAAAAGAUCCUCAGUUUCAAUCACAACUCAAGUAUAAACCAAAGGUGAAUUAUGGUGAUAGUUAUUUACAAGAUGAUUAUUGAACCAUCAUGUAUAACUGUGAAUUCAUUGACUCUAUCAAACUCAAUCACAUCCAGAAGCUUGCAGUCAUUGGCCAAAUGAGUGAUGACAUCCUAGUAGUUCACAUCUAAUUUGUGCUCUUUUACCUACUCAAAGCCACUAUUUACUUGACCUUUAGGCCAAUAGUUAAUUUUUAAAUGUAUAAUUUUCUUCAUGACUUUAGAAUUUGGAUAGGGUAACUAAUACUGAGAUCACAUAUAUCAUGCUCUAAAACCAUUUAUCUAUGUGUAAGUUGUGGGGUUCUCUUUAUCUUUUUGUUAAUUUUUUUUAAAAGAUUGAAUUGAUUAUUUAAAUAGCAAACCAUUAUUCUAGAAAAUGGUACAAUCACUAUUGUCACUAGAUGAUACAUAUAUAUGUCAUUUUAUGAAGCAGAUUUCUCCAAGUAGGUGAAUCAACACAUUUCAUGAAUCUAAAAUUUCCAUAAAACAAUAGUGGUGAUUUCCAAACCGAAUCGCCAUUAAUGCCAAGUUAUGUCAGGUCAAAUUGUCCAAUCCAAAAUAUUUUUAAAAGAUUGAAGUAGAAUAAUAGAUCAUAAAAUCAUGGAAUUUCAGAGUUGAAAAUAGCGUUAAGAAUAAUUUUGUGCAAAUAUAUAAUAAAAGUAUAUCAAGA